AAUAUCGGAACUGGACGGCAAAUAUGGCCUCGGCCGCUGCAACCCGAGGGACUUCUGCUGCAGUCAAAGUAGUAAAGCCCAUUUUCAGCCGCGACCUGGAUGAGGCGAAACGCCGCGUUCGGGAGCUUUACCGAGCCUGGUACCGAGAGGUGCCCAACACAGUGGCUCUGUUCCAGCUGGACAUUUCUGUUCGCCAGGGUCGCGACAAAGUCCGAGAGAUGUUUAACAAGAACAAGCACGUCACGGACCCCCGAGUCAUCGACAUGCUAGUUAUUAAGGGCAAGAUGGAGUUACAGGAGACUAUAAAUGUCUGGAAACAGAAGACUCAUAUCAUGCGCUACUUCCAUGAGACCGAGACGCCACGUCCUACUGACUUCCUUUCCAAAUUUUAUGCAGGCCAUGAUCCAUGAACAGAUCUCUAAUCCUUCCUAUAUGGGAAACACUGAAGGUGACUAUUGUGGAACUGUAAAUACAUACUUGACACAUGA